UGUGUGUAGAAACAGAGGCAAGUGAAAAUGGGCAACCGUCGUUUCGCCCAGGUCUCGACUAGCGACGAAGAUGACGACGUACCUGUUGUAACCACACGAACCCGCAGAUCAGAAGACACGAGGCAAAACAAAAGGAAGAGAAUAAAGCUUCAGGAGGAAGAAGAGGAAGAAGAAGAAAAUGAUAGAGUAAGAGAAUCGAAGAGGGAGAGGAAAGGAAAGGAUAUGGAGAGAGGAGCUGGGAAGAAUCGAAACAAACGCGCUAAAGAGCAAGAAGAGGAGGAGGAGGAGGAGGAGCAGCCGCAGGAGGACGCCAAGCCGGUUGGUGAGCCGGUCAGAGCUUCCGGUAAAGGAAGGGGUCGGAGGAACCAUUACGAAGCGUUUGAGUUUGACGGAAAUAAAUACGAACUCGAGGAUCCUGUGCUUUUAGUUCCUGAAGAUAAGAAGCAGAAGCCUUAUGUGGCAAUCCUCAAGGACAUUGCUCAGAAUAUCAAAGAUGGGAACAUGACGGUUACUGGACAAUGGUUUUAUCGCCCAGAAGAGGCUGAUAGAAAAGGUGGUGGAAAUUGGCAAUCCCGUGAUACGCGAGAGCUGUUUUACAGUUUUCAUCGUGAUGAAAUUCCAGCCGAAUCUGUGAUGCACAAGUGUGUGGUGCAUUUUGUCCCCAUAAAUAAGCAGCUUCCGAAUCGUAAACAACACCCUGGUUUUAUUGUGCAAAAGGUGUAUGACACUGUGGAAAGGAAACUUUGGAAACUAACUGAUAAAGACUAUGAAGAUAAUAAGCAACAUGAGAUUGAUCUUCUUGUUCAAAAAACUCGAGCACGCUUGGGAGAACUUCCUGACGUUGAGCCCGAAGAGACUGUUGUUCAGGAUCAGGUCCAACAGGAAGAUCAGUCAAAGACAAAGAGAUUCCUCCGGAAAAAGAGCAUAUCACCACUUGAUGUUACUAGGGAGGACGAAACAACAACCAGGUCAGAUCAACUUCUUAAAGCUGAAACACCAGGAAGCUGUACAAGCAAUACCCCGGAGUAUUAUGGCAUUUUAACAAAGUUUAAGGCGUUAACUGGAGAAACACAUCGUGAUAAAUGGUUGGAGAGGCUACUUCAAGCAAUCAAGUACAUGUGCAGUGCUCCUGAUAGCUCGAAUGGGGAUGACAAUGUGGAAGGUGGUGUUGAUGGGCUUGACCGUGAAAGAGACAAUAAGCGUCUGGGACCUGCUAAUGGUUCUCAGGAAAAGAGUCAGAAGAGGAGCAAGUCCUUUAUCUGGCCAGAUUCUGCUGUACCAGCAGUGACUGCCCUUGAGAAGGCUUCACAUGAUGCUCUUUCCUCAGAUUUUCAGAAGUAUAACCAAAAAAUGCGGCAGCUAGUGUUCAAUCUCAAGGCUACAGCGCUCCUAGCUCGGCGUUUACUAAAUGGGGAGUUAGAACCUUCAAAAAUGAUCAACAUGUCACCAAAUGAGUUAAAGGACGGUUUAACUGCUGAGGAGAUAGCACCGAAGGAGCCUGAUGAAUUGGAGCGAAUGCAGAUGACAGAUGCUCGGUGUUCAAGGUGCAAUGAGCUUAAAGUGGGUGUGAGGGACAUUAUCCAAGCAGGACAUGGAGACCGCUAUCAGUUGGAGUGUAUUGGGUGCGGUCACAACUGGUAUGCAUCAAGAGACGAGGCAUCUACACUGACAAUUGAUGGGCCAAGUUCAGCAAAGAUGGUGGGCACAGCACCCUUAGCCACUACCAAAUUCGAAAGUCUUGAGAAGAAGUUGUUGAGUCCCCGUGAUGAUAAAUCGGGGGUUGAUGUUCUUAAGAAGUCAAGUGAAGCAUACAUGCCAGUUUUAGAAGCGCAGAGAUCAUUUGGCAAGAUAAAGAAUGAAGAAAAUCCUGAAUCGACAAAGAAAGAGGAGUGAGUGAAUAUGAGAAAAGAUGUACAGGCCUUUGUAUGAGUGUUGGGUCUGUAAUCUUCUUAAUCUAGUUGUGCUAGUUAGGUAGAUAGAUAGCCGCCUUUGUACAGUUUAAAUUUUAGGAACUUCUUGUGCAUAGCAUAGGGGAUCGUGUAUUUCUGUUGCCUUUAAUCUGUCGAUCCACCUAGUGUAUUUCUUCUACACUGCCCUAGUUAAUCAACUAAAACUUAAUCAAUAAUACUAGACAUAUCAAGAAAUCUUACUGAUA